UCGCGUCCGCCAGCAAGGCGAGACUCGUUCGAAUCUCUUUGUUUCGCGUCCCAUUUCGCGAAAUUGCGUUUUCUUUGCUCGAAAGUGUUGAAUUUUUCGCGUUGAAAUUCUAUCUGUUGCUAUAAAAUUGUAGGAAAAAACAAAGAAAAAAACAUACAAAUAUCGCACGUGCAAACGUGCAGUUUGGAGAGAUUUGUUUAUCGCGUGUGAUGAAAAACGUAAUUUCGUCACAUGGUUUAUCGUGCGUGUAAAGUUUUAAAUUCUCGCGCGUCUCGGAGAUUUAUUACCACAGCGCGAUCAAUAAAAUCGCGCGAAAUUCACACGCCGCUGUAAGUUUCGCGAACACCCAGUAUGCUGAACGCUAAAUUUAGACGAAAGAAUUUCCGCGGUAUCCAGCAGCUUGCGGCCAUUCGCUCUUCGCGACUUCGCUUUUACUUGAUUUUCGCGAAACGAGCCUAAGUCAACGUCUUCUUCGCUCGAAGAUUCUCACGCGCGCGUGUCUCCGAAUCGCGCGUGGAUGAUCGCGCGCGUAUGUCGCGGAAGAUAUGUGCGCGCGUUUUACCGCGUAAAACCGCGUAAGAAAGGAUGCUCAUCACGAAGUACACCACGAUCUUAUUGCGAUCCACCAAUCAGCACAUUAUCAGAAGUGAUGUCUUCCUGGAACCGUAUCUGCAGCAGCACGGAACCGUUCAGGUGGUCAGCUCGCCGAGCACUCCGCCGCCGAAUCCGCUGCAGCAUCGGCAACUUACGCAGCUACAUCAUGUACAGAGCGAAGAAUCACUGUCGUCGGAAGGUUCGGCCACUUCGGCAGGAUCUUCGGAAUCCACGGAAGAUUCUGGCAGCGAAGUGGCGUGCGACAUCACCCUCAUCGAAAGGCUCAUACGCUCGCAUCCGAUCUGGUUUCUGCCGGGCAUUCAGAGAGCCGGAGCUUUUCAUCUGUUGCAAGGCAAGGAGGAAGGGAAUUUCGUGGUGCGGCAAUCAAGUCAGAGCGACACAAUGGCCCUAUCUGUGAGAUUACCCGCGGGUAAGGGGCCCUACAUCGAGCACUACCUGAUCCAGGCCAACAAGGGCAAGCUGAGUCUGGAAACGAGCGAGAACAGGUUCGACAACAUCCCCUCGUUGAUCGCCCAUUACUCGCAGUGUUGCGACGAAUUGCCGGUGCAAUUAACGCUGCCGAGAGCGAUGCGGGAAGCGAAGAACAGACAGCAAUUGUCAUCGUUGGCGUUACUAGGACAAGAAUUCUGGCGGUAUCCCAUGGCGAAUCCGAAGCCGCCGGAAAGCAGCAGUAGCAAUACUUCUAGUCUCAGCAGUUUUCAUGGCGGUAACAACAACCAUAAUCACAACAAUAAUAACAUGGACACGCCAACUACGGAGAGCAUAGUGCUCAACCUGGCUCCGAUAUCGUCACACAACACACACACGUCCUCGCCGACAAACACCGUGAACGCGAAUAUUUCGACAUUCACGUCGUCGUUGCCGCGUCAGCCGCGUCCCACUCCGCCAAACACUCUCAACCUGACAACCUUCAACGAACCUUUGACUGACAGCAAAAGAGAUCGAAUCUCAUCACCGAACGACAAGCUCUCUCAUAAACUGAUCUCGCCGAACCUCGUGCAGAGCGUGCGGUGUCCCUCGCCGGUAGUUCACAACGUGGAAAACAACGUUCUGAGCCCGAUUCAAGACGUAAAGAACUUCGACACUCUGAAGAAUGGAUUGGACACACCGAGGUCGAUAACGGAAUUCCCCAAGACCUCAACGAAGUCAACUUCCAUGUCGAGUUUCCACGAGAACAACUUGUCGUGCACUACGUCGCCAGUACUGCCGGAUAUUAGAAACAUUAUUGCUGAGAAUCAGGGAAUGGUACAGAGUGUAAAGACACCGCCGCCGCCGCCUCCGAGAUGGGCCAAACCCGGUAUCAGUCAAAGUCAAAGUAAUUUCACAGUAACCACGACAGUGACCUUCAACGUGAACCAGAACAACGACACUUCUCAGCAAAAUACCCCGUCGGAUCCCAACACGUCGCUGUUGAGUCCUCAAUCCAACAAAUCGCUCACUUCUAACUUUUCCAUCAAGUCACCCCUCUCACCUAACACUCCCGUUAUUUCUCCCACUUCGAAGAUGCUCUCGAAGACAUCCUUCAUGGUUUCCCAAAAUACUCCGUCUAGCACCAGCAAGUCGAAAAGACGUCGCGACCGCGAGAACCGAAAGAACUCCCAGCAUUAUCAAGAAUCGGACAUUUUGGACUCGUACUAUCGUAGCUCGCCGGCCGACAAGAUUUCCGACUACGAGGACAUUUGGAACACGACCGAUCAGUCGACGCAGUCGACCUGGAACGACAGCAGAUUGAAGGACACCAAAAUUGUUUGCACUCCGCAGGAUCGAUUGAAGAGUCCGACCGAUCGUCUGCUGAGUUCCAAGGAGCCCGAGAAGAGCCUUCUCAACGAAAGAGUGCCAGCGGGAGAACAGGUGAUUCUGAAGAACGACAGGUUCAUGAAGAACGACAAGAAGGCCUACAAGGAGAUGAUGAGUCCGGAGUUCAGUAGCUUCAAGCCAGUUAUUCCAGAAAUAAAGAGUCCCGAUCAAAGUUCACCAGAGGAAACUGGAAUGGGCAGAAAACCCGAUCUGUUAUCCAGAGUUUGCAGUGCAAAUUCGCUGAACAGUCCGAGCACGGUGACGCCACCGAGGAACAAGCUCGGUCUCGUUCUUGCGAAGUCGGAGAGCAACAGUCCGCAGACUCCCGAGUCCAAACAGAGCAGUCCUUUUUACGCGGAACCGGCCGACGCGAUCGCUCAGAACGCCGCUCAGAUAAUUCCAAGAAGACGACCGAUCAGAACCAAUCCGGCGUUGAACAAGUACCGACACAGCGAACCGGGCUGGCUGCAAACUCCAACGGGGAACAACUCGAAUCAACUGCAUCCAAUCGACGGCUGGGAGGAACCGCCAGAGGAAACGGAGGACAAGACACCGUUGAUUUCGUCGUCGGUCGACAAUCUGGCAAAGAGACUCGGUCAGACCAGGGAGAUAAAAAAGAUUCCUCGAGCGAAACCAGUUCAGCCGCCGAAGAUUAGGAACAAAGUGUUCACCGAUACUUCGUGGGCGGUGGAUUCGAGUUGGGAGUUCAUCGGCAACGAUACGGAGAGUUGCGAACCGGAUUACGACUGUGAUGCUGUUUACGAUAGCGACAACGUCGCGAGGAAAUUUCCAGGUGACGAAGAAUGCAACAAGGACGUUGUAGGAAACAUCCUGACUGUUCAGAGUAUCAUUUUGCAGCGAUACCCGGAACUGCUGAAGCCACCGGACACGUGCGAGUCACUGUACAGCGAUCGGAAUUCCUCGUACGACAAUGUGGAGAAGCGAAACCUGGAGCGCGAGGACACGCCGGAUUCGCGUAGGGAUCGUACGUACGAUCCAUCCGAAUGGGAGACCAUGUUGGACACGGAUGCGGAAAGCGACAUCGAGAGGAUCAAGCGAAACAAGAGCUUCAAGGAACGACUGGAUCCUCUUUUAUCACCGCCGCGAGUCCAGGCGCUCUCGAGGAACCGCGAACAGCAGGGCGGGACCGGAACAACCAUUCGAGCUUACGCGCUUCAGCUCGCGGCGGACAAGACCACGACCUUCUCGCAGAAUAUCGACAACUUCAUCCAAUGCACGCGGGAGAGCAAAGAGGCGAGUCCGCACGUGGUGAUGCGCAACAUGCGGCAAUUUAUGUCGGGCAUGAAGAAUUAUCUGGUGAAGCACGGCGAACGCGAGUUCGAGAAGGAGGUGGAGAAGGAGCGGUUGAAGUUGCGAUCGGACGAGUUUCUCAAUCUCGACGCGAUCCUCGAAGACGUGAUGAUGAGUCUGGUGGUGAGACCUCUUCGGGAGCACGUGUGUCACCUGUUUAUCGACAUCUUUGCCGCUUCCGGGGCGUUGCAGACUCUGGCGGAGAACAUUCAGCACGCGCAGGGCAAGACCAUUCACGAUCUCGGUGUACGAACGAAGAUUAUCCCUCCCUCGGAAGAGAAUUUGGAGCGCAUUCUCAAGUGUAUCGGACGACUGCAGAGAGCCGAUUCCCCGUUGGAGAAAUUGGAGCACUUGCUCGCGGCCAUCUCGGCCAUUUUCAACUCUGUGAAACAGACCAACUCGGGCAGACACAUUGCGCUGGGUGCCGAUGAUCUAUUGCCGCUAGUGAUCUGGGUAUUGGUGCGCGGCAAAGUGGUGGACGCUGAAAUAGAAGCGGAAUAUAUGUGGGGCUUGCUGCAUCCCUCUCUAUUGAGCGGCGAGGGUGGUUACUACCUGACUACAUUAUCGAGCGCAGUGCACGUUCUUAAAACCUUCAAGUCCAGCCAGAGCACUUUAUCUUCGUUGAACGGUUGCGGAACACCGGACUGUUCGCCUGUGCUGCGAAUUUUGGUACCGGACGAGCUACACGGAUCGCUGAACACCAGGACGCUGCCAGUGCGACCCAACAUGAACACUAGAGAGAUCUGCCGUAUCCUCGCGCAUAAGAUCAGAUGUACAAAUCCGCAGGAUUACGGGCUCUUCAAGUUGGUGCAGGGAGAAGAAACGUUGCUUGGGGAUCACGAGUGUCCGCAGGAGCUCUCACACUGUCUUUUCGCGUACAAAAGAAUCGACGCGAAGAUAGCGUGGCCGAAAACCAGCUCUUAAAGGUGCAACGAAGAGUAUUUCAAUCGCUUUCAAUUGCUUCCUUAGAUCUCUGUCAUAAGCCAAUAUCCGUGUGUUUUUCCUAAAAUAUAAAACAUACUUUUCAUGACAAACCUGAUCACCAAGCUAUAUAUAUAUAAAUAUAUAAUAUAUUAUAAAAAAAAAACAUAAUAUAUACACAUAUAAUAUAUGGUAUAUGAAUUAUAUAUAGCCUUUGGCAGAAAUAUUAUUUCAGCAUUUUUCAAGCUAUUCGAUUUCAAACAAUUCAGGAUUUCUAAAAAAAAAAAAUAUUUUCAACACUGCCAAUGUCGUUGCGUUUAUUUAAAAAAAAAAAAAAAAAAAAAAACUAACAGUAAGACUAUGCGCGAGAUAGUCUUUAUCACUCUUGCAUAAGUAUUUUAUUUAGAGGUACUUAAGCACGAUAGAAAAUAAAAUAAUUCGAUGAAAAAAACAAACAAACAAAAUAACGAAAGAAAUUUCGAACAUGUGUCGUGCAAUGUUCAAUCGUGAAUUGACUUUCGGUGUGAUAUACAUGUACGUCGUCACGUAAAAAUUCAACAAAUUUUUUUUCUUUACCAAAUGACUGUUCGGCAUCACUUAUUUUGAUUCUAAAUUGAUCGCCAAUUGAAUUUCGUCGAGUAAUAACGAGGAAAAAGAAAACAAAUGUCGCGUACAUACAUUCGCGCGAGAUGACGGUAAUCUUGGAACGCGUGUGUGUUGCGACAUUUACGUGUAUGUGUACGUAUACACAUAUAUAUAUAUAUGUAUACGGUGUUUCGCAAAAAGAGAGACGCGUAUGUAUUUAUAUGUAUACUCAGUAUUCAGUAUCUCGUGGACGUUUGCAAUAAGAAAAGAAAGACGCUGCUGUUUCAGAGCAAAACUGUUAGUUGAGCGAAGUGGGACUUCACGCGUGUCGGGAGAAUAUCACACAAAAAAAAUUGGAGGACAAAUAAUUUUUUCCGAAUAAUCUCUUUCUUUGACGCUAGUAACUGAUAACUCAAAUAAUGUAAAGGCAAUCGAGGAAACUUCUUUUGUCAGUCUUACAUUUUUUGGAAAAAAAAAAAAAAAAAAAAAAAAUCUUUUGUGAAGAAAAUGUGAUUUAAUUCAAAUACUUCAAAUAUCAACUUCACUGAUGAUCUCUUUAGAAACACACUUGAGGAUCCCGAUACUUUACGAUUCUAUUACCCUUUAUAUAUAAAUAUAAAUAUAUAUAAAUAUAUAUAUAUAUAGAUAUAUACGAAAGAUAAAAAAAAUUGCUCUACAUUUUCUAUGCACUACCGAUAUUCCGUAAUAUCGAGUGACAAAAAACAUUUAGUAAGGUGAUGUUUUUCGGCAAAGACGCAAAGUUUAGAGUAGAAAAACGAAGAGGAUUAGUUUAGGUACUCUAUUUUAAGUACUUUCUCUAUGAAACGAAAAGAAAAAAAAAUUGCGAAUUCUAUAUAGUACGAUAAGCAAUCCGUAUAAUCUUAGGCAAAUUUCGUGUAUUUAUUCUUACAAACUGUAUACACACAUAUUUUUAUUAAUAUUUUUCACACAUGUGAUCCCUCCUAUCUCUUCCUCUUUCCUCUUCUCUCUUUCUGUUUUUAACGCAGAAGAUCUUGCCAGGCUGAUUUGAAUCGAAAAGGCUGUGUAUUCUCUGUAUGUGUGUACGUGUACCAAUAAAAAUUCGCGAACUAAACGAUAAUGAUAUAUAAUAGUAAAAUAUAUAUAUGCAAUAAUUAUAAUCGGCAAUAUAUAUGUGUAUUAAAAACUUGAAAAAUAUAAACAAACACUCGAUACUUUUUGGAAUUUGCAAAGAAAUAUCGAGAGGACUUCUUAGAGUUGCAAAAAAAAAAAAAAAUAAUAUUUACGACUAUUUUGCUACAGAAAGCUCACACAAAUCAGCCUCGUAUCUCUUAUCGUAUCUAUUAUCUUUUACAAUUUUUGCGCGCACUUGUUAUAUAUGUAAUAAUAAUAUCAGCGUUCUUAUAAAUGUGUACAUUUUUAUUCGUAUUUAAUUUAUUACACGCGUUUUUCUCUAACGUAUUACUAUCCUGUAUGUAUAAUCGUGACUUUUUACGUAGACGUCGCUUUUGUCCCUUUUUUUUACGAUGAUUAACAUUACGAUAAUAACAAAUGUCGAUAAUAAUAAUGCUUCUAAUAUGCUAGUCAAGUCGAUACAAAUCUCUCCGAGAUUUGUAAAAGUACAUAUUUAAGUGAUGUAUAACUUUUUAUUCGUUAUCGUUGAAAAAAACCCGUACUAUUAAAUUAUCAUUAUAAUUGUG